AUGUCUACUACCAUGGCUUCAUCAUCAUCUGUCACAUACUAUCCUCCUAGUAAGGAGAUUCCUCUGUUCCACCCAUCUCUCAUUCCCAGAUCCGUGACUCGCGAACUUCCAGCUGGAUACACCAUGAGACCCAUUCGUGCUGCCGACUACGACCGUGGUGUUCUGGACGUUUUGCGGGUUCUCACCACAGUUGGAGACAUCCAACGCGAGGAGUUCGAGGCUCAAUUCAACUACUGGUUCAAGCACAACGACACUUAUUUCACGCUGGUCAUUGUUAAUGAGUUUGACCGUGUUGUCGGUGUUGGCUCUGCCGUUGUUGAGAGAAAGCUCAUCCACAAGUGUGGUAACGUCACCCAUAUCGAAGACAUUGCCGUUGCCCGUUCAGAACAGGGCAAGAAGCUGGGACUCCAUAUCAUCCACGCUCUGACUGACAUCGGCAAGUCUCAAGGCGCAUACAAGGUCAUUCUCGACUGCUCGGAAGACAACGUGCGAUUCUACGAGAAGUGUGGUUUCGUGCGUGUCGGUGUCGAGAUGUCGCUCAAGUUCGGCGAGAUCCCCAAGCCCUCGCUCUAA